AUGGAUCGCGGCUGCUACAACUGCGCUACAACUGCGGAGGCGAAGGACAUGUCAGCCGAGAGUGCCCUGCACCCGCUAAGCCUAAGACUCUUACGUGCUACAAAUGUGGUGAAGCCGGUCACAUGGCACGCGAGUGUCCUCAAGCUGCUGGUGCUCCUGCUGGAUCCGGCUCAGGUGCUGGUUGGGGCUCAGGCGGCGGCGGUGGCGGUGGCUAUGGCGGCCAGUCUCGAGAGUGCUAUCGCUGCGGCGGCACUGGUCACAUUGCGCGGGAUUGCACCCAAGGAGGUGGUCAGAGCGGCUACGGCGGGGGUGGUAGCGGAUUCGGCGGUGGCCGUGGUGGUGGUGGCCAAACUUGCUAUUCUUGCGGCGGGAUCGGCCAUAUGUCACGUGAUUGCACCCAAGGUCGUUCUCAGAAAUGCUACAAUUGCGGCGAACAAGGCCACUUGUCGCGUGAUUGUCCAUCUGAGCCCAGCCAAGAGCGCAUCUGUUACAAGUGCAAGCAACCAGGACAUUUGCAGUCCGCUUGCCCCAACUAAGUGA